AUGGCUGAUUCUGAAGAGGCCACAGUUCCUCCUACCAAGCGUCCUCACUCCGCCGUCGAGGCAGACGAAAGUGAUGAUUCCUCCGACGAUGACUUCGGCCCAGCGCUGCCGUCCGAAGUAGCGCCGAAGAAGAAGCGGCGCAAGCUGCCCUUCGAAAAGGUUUAUGUGACAGCGCUACCUGCCUCGGCGCAGUACUCCAAGUCGCUCAUGCACAAGGAUCAGUUAUCCUUUCUGACCGUAACCCCGUUCACUGAUUUUGUCAUCACGAGCUCUAUCGACGGUGAGGUCAAGUUCUGGAAGAAGAUGGCUGAGGGUAUCGAGUUUGUGAAGGAGUUUCGCGCUCAUUCAGGCGAGAUUCUGAGCAUGAGUGCCAGUGCCGAUGGCAGAAGCUUCGCAUCGGUUGGAACAGAUAAGACGGUCAAGAUAUUUGACGUUAUUACGUUUGAUCUACUUGCUAUGUAUACACUGGAUUUUACACCCCGAUGCGUUUGCUGGGUCCACCGACGAGGCGCUUCUUUGCCAUUGCUUGCUGUGACGGAUGAGUCGAGUAACGCGAUUCAAAUAUUCGACGGCCGCGGUGAGAACCCGAAGCCCUUACAUACAGUCAAUCAUAUUCACCGUAGUCCUGUCGUUUCGCUGGCCUUCAACAAUGCCUUUGACUGCGUCGUCUCGGCCGACGAGUCUGGUAUGGUCGAAUACUGGAGAGCAGGAGAUGCGUCGUUCGAGAAACCCGAUAAUGUCUUCGAGCUCAAGUCAUCAACCAACCUGUUCGCGUUCAAAAAGGCCAAGUCAAUCCCGACAGCAAUCACGAUCUCGCCAUCGGGACAACACUUUGCAACAGUCUCGUUCCCAGACCGCCAGAUACGGAUAUUUGAAUUUGCAACAGGCAAACUGUACCGCACGUAUGAUGAGUCGAUCAAUACAAUCAUCCAAAUGCAACAGGCCGGAACGGCGCCAUAUCAGCUAGAAGAGAUAGAAUUUGGACGACGAUUGGGAAUAGAGCGAGAAUUGGAAUCUGGCUUGGCGCGCAGCCGAUUCAAUGUCUCAUUCGACGAGUCUGGCCACUUCCUCCUCUACGGCUCGCUAUACGGCAUCAAGUGCAUCAAUACUUACACAAAUCGCGUGGUACGGGUUUACGGUCGUGACGAGCCCUUCCGAGCAAUGAACCUAGCCCUGUACCAGGGCCAACCGCAGAAAAAAGGCGUUGUCACCGUCUCCAUGGCAGCUAGUAAUAACCCGCUCCUGCAAGAGGCAGAAGGGCGCGACGCAAUCCUACUUUCAACGGGCUUCGCUAAAGUCCGGUUCUACAUGUUCACCAACGAAACUGAGGUAUCCAAGACGAGCCGUGAUAUCCAAAACGAAAGACCCACAGAAAAGGCUCGUGCCGAUGCUAGUACCACCAAGGAAGGCGAGAGUGGCACUGCCGCCAUCAUACACACCACCAUGGGCGAUAUUCACCUACGCCUCUUCCCUACUGCGGCUCCACGGACGGUUGAGAACUUUGUCACUCACGCCCGCCGUGGUUACUAUAACAACACAAUCUUCCACCGCGUUAUCCGCAAAUUCAUGAUCCAGGGCGGAGACCCGCAAGGCGACGGCACCGGUGGUGAAUCGAUUUGGGGCGGUGAAUUUGCUGACGAAUUCUCCAGCUUGAAGCAUGACAGGCCGUAUACUCUGUCCAUGGCCAAUGCGGGACCCAAUACGAACGGUAGUCAAUUCUUCAUCACGACAGAGAAGACACCGUGGUUAGACAACAAGCACACUGUCUUUGGCCGUGCGGUGCAAGGACUAGACGUUAUACACAAGAUCGAGAAUUGCAAGGCGCACAAGGAGAAGCCGGAAGUGGAUAUCAAGAUCGUUAGCAUCAGUAUUUCUUAA